AUGCCGUCAGGCGCGCAACAUAAUGUCCUACACAGCCACUCCCGCUUUCACGGCGCGACACUAUCUUCUUUCAGCUCCAUCGCGUUGGACCCAUACCCCCUCGUCGCGUUCUCUCUCCGAAUACCCUCGCGCAUGGCGAUGUCCCUCAAGUCCGCACACGUAUCUCUCCCGGUCGCGUCACAUAUGGUCGUCAACAUCCUUUCCGCCGCACAGGUUGAUACUGCCGUGCGCUUCGCCCGUCCAGAUCUGCAUCCGGACCCGUUCGCGGGUUCUCCAUAUUUUCUCUCUGCGGAGGGCCUUCCCGUGUUGAAGGACUCUGUUGGCGCGCUUUCUUGUAAGCUUGUGGCGGCGUCGUGGCCGUUGCACGACCUGGAGUUGCUAGAGGGCCGGAGUAAUGAGGAGACGGUAUGGGAGGGCGAGGGUGUCGCAUCGGAGCUCUUCAUCGCCAGAGUGACACGAGUGGAAUUACUUACUGAUCCUGAACCAAAAGAAGACGAGAAAGAUCUACGGACAUCCCCCUUGCUAUAUUACCGACGCGCAUAUUCCACAACUCGCGAUAUCCCUGGACGAUCUGCAUCCGAGACAAAGUCAUGA